AUGUCUUCGAGCAAAAAUGAGAGCUUAUCAUCGUCAGCGGGUCAUCCUCGCAGCAAGAUCCCGGACUGGAGAUGGAAGGGGACACUCGCAGUACUCGUUUUGACUACGAUCAUUAACGGAUAUGAUGUAAGCAACGUGGCCAACAUCCAGCCUUCUCUUUACACUGCCUUCGGCAACAUUACACUUUUGCCGUGGAUCAGUCUGUCCUUUAGCCUCGCCGUAUUUGCCGUCCUAUCACUCUCCAGGAAGAUUUUAUACUGCUUCGAUAUGAAAUGGAUUUAUAUCGUUAGUGUUGUGAUUUUUAUGGUUGGUGCUGCUGUGGCUGGCUCAGCCUCCMAUUUCCCAGCAGUGAUUGUUGGACGAAUCAUCAUGGGUGUCGGUGGUGCUAUUGUUUAUCAAAGUAACUUGACAUUUGUCGCGGUUUUUGCCACUCCGGAUGAGACUCCUCGUCUAUUCGGGCUUCUGAGUGCCUUCUGGGCCAUUGGUCUCGUUAUUGGAGGCCCUAUUGGAUCUGCUCUUGCAUCAAACAAGUACACUACCUGGCGGUGGGCUUUUUACAUGAACCUCCCUUGGGCGGGCCUCAGUCUUGCAGCAGCCAUUAUCUGUCUCCCGUUCAAAUAUCUUGGGCCAGAUAUUCCGAUGAUCUCCCGGUUGAAGGCGAUCGACCCCCUCGGCAUUGCAUUCAAUAUGGCAGUUCCAGUUCUAUUCGCUUUGGUACUGGAGUUCUCCGGCCCUGUGUGGGAUUGGAGCUCUGGUGCGUCUAUCGCUGUCUGGGUGAUUUUCGGUGUACUCCUAGUUGGAUGGAUCGUCCAACAAGCUUGGUGCAUUGGUACGACUCCUGAACAACGCGCCAUCCCCGUUCAUCUGCUCAAUCGGAUCGACUUACUUCCGUUAUGGAUCGCAUCUGGCUGUGCAGGUGCAUCGUACGCCGUCACACUCUACUACACGCCCCUCUACUUUGCAUUUUGUCGCGGCCUUAGCGUGAUACAGCAAACUAUUCGUAUCCUCCCAUUCGUUCUCGUCUUUAUUGCCGUUGUUAUUCUCGUUGGAGGGUCGCUCCCAAUCUUUGGCCGUUACAACUUGAUCUAUAUCUUUGCCGGCAUUGCAACCAUCGCAGGAGCCGGUGCCAUGGCUAGUAUACUUAGUCCUGGUGUCUCUGAAUCUCAGGUUCUUGGCCUAGAAGCACUUAUUGGCAUUGGACUUGGCUGUUCGUUUCAGCAUGGAGUGGGUAUAUCCAACGUGAUAAACAAGAACCCACGCGACCGCAUUGACAGCGCGAUUAUCUUCAACAUGGCGCAGAUGGGCGGCAUUGCAAUUGCCCUGGCAGUUGCGGGCUCGAUCUACCAGAAUGUUGGGUACAACUUACUGACAGAGGCUCUUGGAAACAGAGGGUAUUCGGAAAAGGACUUGCGAGAGGCGCUCGCUGGAGUAUCGUCGGCAGUGUGGCAGUCCAAUAACCCAGAGGUUCUUGCACGUGGAAUUGACGUGGUAGCGACUGUGAUCGGACGUGAGUUUUAUCUGCUCGUGGCCAGUGGUGCAGUCUGUCUCAUUUGCGGGUUGGUCAUGAAGUGGGAGCGAUUGGACUAUGGCAGAAAUAAGACCGAAGAAUUUGAGGCAUGA